UUUGAGAAGCGGAACGAAAGGUUACCGCCUGUGUUUCUUGCCGGUCCGUUGCACAGGGAAAACCUACCGGAAGUUAUCGUUCUAUUGCAUUUCAACCAUAGCAACGAAGUGGCGACGAACAUCUUUUGACUUCGUUCCUAAACUAUUUAAUAUUAUCGAAACCUCUGGGACUCAUAUCAGCAACAAUGACGGACAGAUACAACAUCCACAGUCAACUGGAGCAUCUUCAGUCCAAGUACAUCGGCACAGGACACGCCGACACCAGCAAGUGGGAGUGGCUGGUCAACCAGCACAGAGACUCUUACUGCUCCUACAUGGGUCACUUUGACCUGCUCAACUACUUCUCCGUUGCUGAGAACGAGAGCAAAGCGCGUGUCCGCUUCAACCUGAUGGAGAAGAUGCUUCAACCAUGUGGACCUCCAUCAGAUAAACCCGAUGAUGCCUAGAUUACCGUGGAGUGAGCUGCAAAGAUUUUUUACACACGUUUUUUUCGGACAUACAACUUUAUUUACUGUUAAAAAACAUUCCCUAUUGCCCUCUAAAAUGUCCUGUCAUCGACUUAACCCUGUAUGACCCUGCCUAGAUCAAAUGGAUUGUUUAUUUUGCAUCCAGACUGUACCACUGAAAAACAUUUUUAAAUAUCAGAUGCAGCCCUGCAGUUGUAAGAGAGUUUUGCUACAAGGGGGAAAUCAUUUAGAGUAGGACAUGGCUCCAAGAUCUAAACAUUUAUUAAAGAAGAUAACCUGACACAUUGGUGUACCGUCAUCUGUUGAGUAUUUGUAUUAACUGAUGGAAAUUUCUGUUUUGAUUUUAAUAAAAUUCACGUGUUACGCUUUAAAA